UUAACGUCACUUCCUUGGGUUUUUCUUUUCCCGUUUGGAGCUCUGGCGGGAGCACGUGCAGCCCGCGAGUAAUUUUUUUAAUUGUUGCAUCCGCCCUCUCUUGGUCGGGUUGCUAUGAGUUUGCCUCUUAAUCCAAAGCCCUUCCUGAAUGGGCUGACUGGGAAACCAGUGAUGGUGAAGCUGAAGUGGGGAAUGGAAUACAAGGGCUACCUUGUCUCUGUGGAUGGAUAUAUGAACAUGCAGCUUGCAAAUACAGAAGAAUAUAUUGAUGGCGCACUGUCUGGACACCUUGGUGAAGUACUAAUAAGGUGCAAUAAUGUCCUUUAUAUAAGAGGUGUGGAAGAAGAAGAAGAAGAUGGAGAAAUGAGGGAAUAACUUUUGAAAAACUUUUUUUAUUUUUAAAAAUUGAAAUCUUUUGUUGUUAUUUGUAGGGCUUUUUGGUUCUAGUGUCCAAAAAUAAAUACUGUUGUUGAAGGAAUUUAUCUGUAUGAAAAAAAUAAAGAUGCUUCUUCUAAUAGUU